AUGGACGACGACCCCGAGAGGGGCGGCGCGGUGGCCGGGCUCCCCGACGACCCGCUCGUGGAGAUCCUCUCCCGCGUCCCCUUCAAGUCCCUCUGCCGGUUCAAGUGCGUCUCCAAGGCCUGGCGCGACCUCAUCGCCGACCCCCUCCACCGCCGGAAGCUCCCCCAGACCCUGGAGGGCAUCUUCGGCGUCCCAGGGUACGGCGACCUCAUCGCCGACCCCCUCCACCGCCGGAAGCUCCCCCAGACCCUGGAGGGCAUCUUCGGCGCCCCCGGGUACGGCGACGAUUGGGAUGGAGACGACGAUGAUGCCUUCUGCGGCGACUGCGGCGACUGCAGCGACUGCGGCGACUCGCUUGACUACGUCUUCAUAGACCUGGUGGGGCGGUCCGCGCCACUCGUGGACCCUUCCUUCUCCUUCCUGUCGGAGAAGCUGCCGGGUAUCAAGCACUUCAGGAUCCUGCGUUCCUGCAAUGGGCUCCUCCUCCUCAGGCCCUGCCCGGUUCCGUACGCUGACGCGCACACGCUGGGCUAUGUGGUGUGCAAUCCGGCCACACAGGAAUGGAUGGCCGUGCCCAGCUCCGGCUGGAUUUGCUCGUAUCCGCCGGAAGGGGAAGAAGAUGAGGUGGACGGCGAUGGGGAAAUUGGUGAGGACACCUAUCUGAUCUUCGACCCAGCGCUCUCCUCGCACUUCAAGUUGCUCCAGUUCUUGCAGAAAGCUAGUAUUCUGAACGAGGUAGGGCUGCGCAUCUACUCGUCAGAAACUGGGGUGUGGACUGAUAGAUCAGGUGAGCGGAGGAGAUGGAAAUUGGGAGGUGAAAUCCCACAGUUGGGUAUUUUUGGGAUCAUAUCCUCCUCGUUGGGCAGCGCCUUUGUUAACGGCAUGCUGCAUUUUGUCGUCCACCACAUUUAUCAGAACCUGAUUGCUGCGGUUGAUCGGGAAGGGAAGACACGCAAGCUCAUCAGCUGCCCGCAGAAUCACAGUUGUAGCGGGUCCAAGCCUGUAUUUCUUGGUCAAUCUCAAGGGCAUCUCUAUUGCAUCAGUGAACAGAUACAAGGCGACUCUGAGCAGCUCACCAUUUGGGUUAUUGAGGACUAUGAUAAAGAAGAAUGGGUCAUGAAGCACAGUGUGAGCUCUUUGCAGCUCUUUGGAAGUAUUAAAUGGCAUCUCCGCUUUGACUACACUCUGGUCACCAUUCAUCCAGAUCGCAAUUUGAUUUUCAUUUGUCACGAGGACCAAAAUCUGAUAUCUUAUAACAUGGAUAGCAAGGAAGUGCAAGCUGUCAGCACAGUCAGAGACGACUAUGGUAUUACGCCAUAUGUCCCCUAUUUUUCAGAAUCACCAGUGCUCUCAAAUAAACUCUGA